CUGUCUUUUAAGAGGACAUCAAAGGCUCUGCUCACACCUGCCCCCUCGGCCCUUUAGUUGUGACACUAAAUGCCACUGCUUCUCCACCACAGUUCCCCCCUCCAGGAUUUGCUGACAGCUUGUAGAGAAAUUGGGAUCUGCUUUUGCAUCUCUCUGCUGUGCCUCCAUCUGCUGAUUGGCACAGAGGGAUGCUGAGGGUUUCCUUCGUGGGGAGCAAUGGCUCACCCUUGCUUUGCUCUGUUUGCAGAAACGUGCACACAGAACCAAACAGGCAGAGUUGGGAUAAAUAUUUUCAGUGGCUGUGCCAGAUAUUUGUUGUUGUUUGUCUGCUUUUGCUGUGCUGGAGCAGUUUUCAUGUUCUGCCAGCGAAGCUUCAGAAGUUCAAUCUCCAUGCUGAUGUUUGUGCAAGCACAGCAGGGGAAAAAAGCACGGCUUGUAUUUAUUUGUGCUCCGGAUCCAUCCCAGCAGCGGAGAGCAUCCUCAGCCCCAUUGCACUGCUCCAAGGGACCCCAUAACAGUGGGGUGAGGAGGAAAAAAGGUCAGAUUUACUGCCCAUUGCUGUUUGCUGUUACAGGACCACGUCCCACACCAGGUACGGACAGCUGAACCGCCUGCAGCGCCGCGCCGCACACCGCUGCUGUGCCUACUGGGCUCAGCGCCCAGGGCACCCUGCCUGCCUGCUCUGAAGAUCCUCAUCCCAGAGCACUGUGUGGUGGAAUGGCUUCUCCUGCUGGCGGCUCUGGACGUGGAGAGGGUGUAGGAAGGACGGGUGGAGGAAAUGAAUCAUUGAGUGCUGGGGGAAUGGAGGAAUGCAUGCAGAGUGUUGGCACAUCAGAGGAUUUCGUUUUGUGCUCAUUGAGAGUCAGCCCAAUGCAGGCAGUGUGGCUGUGCCAAGGGAUGUCUGCAGGAUCUGUGGCCUCAGAUGUUGAUGAGUGCCAGGUUCACAAUGGGGGCUGCCAGCACAGAUGUGUGAACACCUUUGGAUCCUAUUACUGUGAGUGCAAGCCGGGCUUUCGCCUGCACACAGAUGGCAGAACCUGCAUUGCACUGAACUCGUGUGCAGUGAACAACGGUGGCUGCGAGCACGACUGCGUGCAGCUGACAGCCAACCAGCACCAGUGCCGCUGCCGCCGGCUGCACCGGCUGCGGGAGGACGGCCGGCGCUGCGCCUUGUGGAGCCCCUGUGCUGAGAGGAAUGGGGGCUGCAUGCAGCUCUGCCGCGAUGUCCGGGGAGCGGCGCGCUGCGAGUGCCAUCCUGGAUACCGGCUGGGACCCGAUGGCAGAGCCUGCCAAGAUGUGGAUGAGUGCUUGGCCGGCCUGGCCAUGUGUGCACACCGCUGCCUGAACACCCACGGCUCCUUCAUGUGUGCCUGCAACCCGGGCUAUGAGCUGGGAGCAGACAGCAGGCAGUGCUACCGGAUAGAAAUGGAGAUUGUGAACAGCUGUGAGAGUGGCAAUGGUGGCUGCUCCCAUUUGUGCCACCACAGCAGCACUGGCCCCAUCUGCACCUGCAACUCAGGCUAUCGGCUGCAGGAUGACCACAGGACCUGCACUGACAUCAACGAAUGUGAGGACGGCUCUCACUGCUGCCAGCAGGACUGCUACAACUACCCUGGGGGCUACGAGUGUGCCUGCCAUGCUGGGUACCGGCUGCGUGCUGAUGGCUGUGCCUGUGAUGAUGUGGAUGAGUGCUCCUCCAACAACGGUGGCUGUGAGCACACGUGCCAGAACCAGGUGGGGUCCUUCCAGUGCAGCUGCCCCGUUGGGUACAAGCUGGAUGGAGACAGGAAGGGCUGCAUCUCUGUAGAGAACUCAGUGGAAGCCCUGGAUGCCCGGCGCCCCAUCAUGCGCCCCGUCCCCCACGUGGCCAUCCUGCGGGAUGAGCUCACCCAGCUCUUCAGCGACGACUAUGAAGAGGAGGAGGAGGAAGAGAUGGAAGCAAGAGGAGAGCACACGCUUUCAGAAACAUUCGUCUGUCUGGAGAACACCUUUGGCCACGACUGCAGCCUGACAUGUGAGGACUGCCAGAAUGGGGGCACCUGCAACGUGGAGGGGACAGGCUGUGAGUGCCCGGCCGGCUGGAGCGGGCUGCUGUGCAACCAGACCUGUCCGCCCGGAACCUUUGGCAAGAACUGCAGCCAGCUCUGCCUGUGCCAGAAUGGGGGCACCUGUGAGCCCACCACCGGCACCUGCCGCUGUCCGCCUGGCGUGGCUGGGAUCCACUGUGAGGAUGGGUGCCCAAAAGGAUUUUUUGGAAAGCAGUGCAGGAAAAAAUGCAACUGUGCCAACCGAGGUCGCUGCCAUCGCAUCUACGGAGCGUGUCUGUGUGAUCCUGGCCGGUACGGGCGGCACUGCCACUUGGCGUGCCCCAAGUGGACGUUUGGCCCCGGCUGCUCCGAGGAAUGCCUCUGUGUGCAGCCCAACACGCAGCACUGCGACAAGCGGGACGGCUCCUGCCGCUGCAAGCCUGGCUACCGCGGUGUGCACUGCGAGAGCAAGUGUGAGCCUGGCCGCUAUGGGGAGGGCUGCAGGAAGAAGUGCAGCUGCUCUCCAGACACACAGUGUGACCACGUCACCGGGCAGUGCUGGAAGGAGUGUCCUCAGGGCUACCAUGGGGAGAACUGCGACCAAGAGUGCCCUGCAGGGCGGUUCGGGGCCGGCUGCCUGCUGCUCUGCUCCUGCGGCGGGGCUCCCUGCGAUGCGGUCAGCGGGCGGUGUGUGUGCGCAGCGGGACGGACAGGGCACGACUGCACCCAAGCCUGUCCAGAGGGUCGCUGGGGCCUCGGCUGCCAAGAACUGUGUCCUGAGUGUGCCAACAAUGGUAGCUGUGACCCUGCCACGGGAGCAUGCGUGUGCCCACCGGGCUUCACUGGCAGCCACUGCCAGGAUGUGUGCCCACCCGGCUGGUUUGGCCAGGACUGCCAGCAGAUCUGCAGCUGUGGGAAUGAGGGACAUUGCCAUCCCGUGACGGGGAUGUGCAGCUGCGCACCCGGCUGGACGGGCCACGACUGCCGGAGAGGCUGUGCUGCGGGGCGCUGGGGUCCAGGCUGUGCCAAUGUCUGCGAGUGCAGCAGCAGCACCGGGAGCUGCGAUGCGGUGACGGGGCAGUGCGCCUGCGAUCCCGGCCACACGGGCAGCCACUGCGAGGAGCGGUGCCCAGCAGGAUGGUUUGGGUUGGGCUGCCGGCACCGCUGCCAGUGUGAGCAUGAGGCCAUUUGUGACCACAUCAGCGGGGCGUGCACGUGUGCUGCGGGCUGGCGGGGGACCUUCUGUGAGCACUCUUGCCCGGAUGGAUUUUAUGGCAUUGAGUGUCGGCACGCCUGCAACUGCCAGAAUGGAGCCCGCUGUGACCACAUCACUGGGCAGUGCCACUGCCAGCCGGGCUGGACCGGGCCCCGCUGUGCCCGUGCUUGCCCGCAGGGCAGGUUUGGUGACGGCUGCAGCCAGGUGUGCAGCUGCUCCAACAACGCUGUGUGUGACCACAUCACUGGCCGCUGUCUGUGCGCUGCUGGCUGGCUGGGGCCCACGUGCCACCAAGCAUGCCCAGAGGGUUUCUAUGGGAUGGGCUGCUACCAACGCUGCCUGUGCCAGAAUGGGGGGACGUGUGACCCCGCCACGGGGCACUGCACCUGCCCAAUGGGAUGGACCGGGCUGGCCUGCGAGCUGGCGUGCGCUGACGGGCAUGGGGAGGGCUGCGGGCAGCGCUGUGCCUGCCUGAACGGGGGGGUCUGUGACCUGCAGGGACACUGCCAGUGCCCACCUGGGUGGAGUGGGAGCAUCUGUGAGAGCCCCUGUCCGGAGGGAUACUUUGGUGCAGGCUGCCAGGAGCGCUGUGACUGCAGGGACAAAGGGCUGUGCCACCCCAUCACCGGUGACUGCCAGUGCUCCCCCGGAUGGAGGGGCCAGCGCUGUGACAAAGCCUGCCUGCCCGGAGUGUUUGGGAAGAGCUGUGCUGAACGCUGUGCCUGCCCCCCUGGAGCACCCUGUGACCACAUCACUGGGCAGUGCAGCUGCCCACCAGGCUUCACCGGAGCUGCAUGCGAGACACCCUGCCCGCCCGGCACUUUUGGGGAGCGCUGCGCCCAACGCUGCCGUUGUGCAGGACCCAACCAGGACUGCCACCCCAUCACCGGUGCCUGCAUCUGUGCACCAGGCCACCACGGGCCUGACUGCGAGCUGGAGUGCCCUAUGGGCUGGUACGGCCCUGGCUGUGAGCGGCCAUGUGAGUGCAAGAAUGGGGCCUGGUGUGAGCGCACCACGGGGACGUGCCACUGCCCAGCAGGAUACAUUGGUGCUGACUGCAGCGUUGUGUGUCCCAGCGGCCGCUAUGGUGCAGACUGUGCACAGCUGUGUGCCUGCGGGGAGGGGGCCACGUGCCACCACGUCACCGGGGACUGCCUGUGCCCACCGGGAAGAGUUGGUCCCACUUGUGAGCAAGGCUGCCAACCGCAGCAGUACGGGCUGGGCUGCCAGCAGACUUGCUCCUGCCAGAAUGGAGGGCUGUGCAAUGCCACUGAUGGGUCCUGCACCUGCGGGCUGGGAUGGACUGGGAAAUCCUGCGAGUUAGAGUGCCCACCUGGGAGCUUUGGUGCUGACUGCCAGCUGCGCUGUGCCUGCAGGCACAGUGCCACCUGCGACCGCAUCACUGGCGCCUGCCGCUGCCCCCCGGGACGUUAUGGGGCCCUGUGUGAGCACGGUGAGCUGAGGGGGUGGGCAGGAGCAGGGGGCCCGUGUGUGCUGCUCCCUGUAACUGAGCAGAUGCCACAUGGGCAUGUUUCAGAGAGGACAGCUCUGUGCUUCUCUCUGGAUGCUCCUUUCCAGGUUGUCCCCCUGGUUUCCAUGGGACCGACUGCCAGCAGCACUGUGACUGUGCCCAUGGAUCUGCCUGUGACCCGGCCACCGGCCGCUGCCACUGCCCUGUGGGGCUGCGGGGUCCCCGCUGCCAGGAAGGUACUGUGCCCCCAGCCCCUCUGUUGUGGUGCCUCAGAGCCAUUUGGCACAGCUGUGCCCCUCUCCUGUCCCAAACCAGGCUGUGAGGAGGGGAUGUAUGGUGAGGGAUGCCAGCAGCGCUGUGACUGCAUGGGGAACGCGCCCUGUGACCCCAUCACGGGGCUCUGCCUCUGUCCUCCGGGAACAACCGGCCCCAGCUGUGACUCAGAGUGUCCUGUGAGCCACUAUGGCCCUGACUGUGCCCUCACCUGCACCUGUGCCAGCAGCUCCCAGUGCAGUGCCAGGACUGGCCGCUGUCGCUGCCACCGCGGCUCCAUGGGCUCCUCGUGCCAGGAAGCUGUGCCCGCCCAGAUGCCCACCAGGUCCCCAGAGCUGCAGGGGAUGGAGCACUACGUCCUGCCUCAGCCACAGGGCCCUGCAGAAGCACACGACCCAGCUGGAGGACUUGUUCCCAAGGCACUCGAGUGACAACCAACUCAUGGCAGAUGGGAGCUGGCUGCUGCCUGGGCUGGAUAUGGGCUGUAGGACUGCUCUGCAGCUGCUGGCCCUCACUUCUGGCUGUUGGCUGCUGGGGUUGGAGGGGAAGGGUUGAUAUGAUGCUUGAAAAUAGGUAUUUAUUCAAAAAUAUUUAUGGCAAGCUCUACCACAGCAGUGCAGCUCUGCAGAGCUGCCACCUGGAGGGGGAAGAGCUGAUCAAGAACCUGCAGCACCCAAUCCAGACAUGGACACGUUGGCACAAAGCUGUGGGUGCCUGCAGCCCUGCAGUGGUGGUGGUGCAGCACCUGGUCCUGAGUGCACAGGGAUGGCCCCAUCCCUCAGGGGCCAAAGAACUGCUUCCUUUCCGGAUGGACUUUCUUUUAAUCUGUAAAUAACUUGUACUUUUUUUUACUAAUUAAUUUUUUCUUACUUUUUCCUUUUUUUUUUUUUUUUUUUUUUUUUUUGCAUUAGAUGUGAAGAAAUAAUGUUAAAAUAAGCACGUAGUGAAGGACCAAAAUGGUAUAACUGAGGUUGGGUAUGAGCAGGAAGCAGGGAGGAGGGAGAGGUGGUGAUGUGCCAAACACCCAUGGGCUCCUGCUGUUCUUGGUGUCUAUUCUCCACCCACUCAGGGCUGUGUGCUGUUGGCAUGCACCUGAGCUUUCUAUUUAUUUCCUUGGUGGGCUGGAAAGCCUCUGAGCACAGUGCCUUUCUGAGCAGGGAAUGCAGAAACUCCAUUGUUCAGAUCAUGGUUGUUUUUUACUGGUUUUGUCUCUUAAUACACCUUGCUGCUUGUUUUCACGUAGCAUUUGUCUCUUAGCCUCUUGUCUCCUUUAAUUUAGCACCCGUUUAGCACAGUUCUCAUUCUUCCACAGUUGACAGAAAUAAAGACAGCUUCACUGAACUUCUUUUUGCCUUGU